AUGAGCCUGAGCGUCGCGAUGGACAGCUCGUACCUCAUGCCGUUUCCCACCGACCUGCAGCCGAUGGAGGAGGACGAGCUGCGUGCCGUGGCCGUGGCGACCCCGCUGCCCGACCUCCUCCCGAGAAGCUUCGACGAAAUUCAACGCAUGCGACGCAUGCGGAAGGACGCGGAGAGCGGGAAGAAGUACGUGCCGCCCCGUCACGACUUGCCGCCGCCGUACGUCAACGACGACGAGUGCGACGAGUUUGAGGACGCGACGAUCAGCACGGCGCUGGAGAACUUGUCGUGGCUGACGCCGAGCCAAAAGUACCACCUGAAGGGCCCUGGCGUGGAGGGGGACGUGUCGUCCAUGUUCGACAACGGCAUGCUGUACAAAAUCAUCGUCGACGACGGCUCAUGGUACCUCUACAACGACACUGAAAAGUACGAAAUGCAUGUGCGGUUCCGCUUUGGCGCCAAGUCGGAGUUGCAGCCCGGCGAGCGCGUGGACAUCUUCGUGAAGAGCAACAAGGAGCUCGAGGCCUGCCUCAUCGUCUACCCGCAGGAGACGCUGAGGCUUAUCUCGGGCAAAGUGAACGGGUUCAAGUGCAUGGCGAAGGCCGUGCCACUGAGUGACGAAAAGCGAGCGGAGCUCUUCUCAGAUGCGAACAACGAGGCACUGGGGACAUUGUCUCGUAUGGCAAAUGAGCUGAACGUUGACGGCGUGAACGCGUUGGAGGAGGGAGAAGUCCUUCAGCACUGCAUUGCGCAUGAGGUGCCGUACGUUGACUGCGGCUUCCCCCCAUGUAACGACUCCCUGUACCGCCAGGAUGUCGACAAGUACAAGGUGCGCCUCCUGCCCUGGGUGCGUCCGGACGCGUUUAUUCCAGGCGAGCAGCUCAAGGAGGUGCGCCUCUUUCGUCGCGUCAUUCUUCCCUCACACGUGACACAGGGCGAGAUUGGUGACAGCUACCUAGUGUCCGCCAUGGCCGCCCUCGCCGAGUCCAAGGACAGGGUUCACGACGUCUUUCGCCACCCCGUCAGUGCCGCGCACGGAAAGGCGGAGCGGGCCCUUGGCGCGUACUGGGUGACGCUGAACUACAACGGCUGGUGGUGUCCCGUGCUGAUUGACGACUACUUGCCGGGGUACCGCGGGGGACCGGAGUUUGCGCGGUGCGCGAUUGACUUGCGCCGCAUGUGGGUGGGGCUGCUUGAAAAGGCCUACGCGAAGAUCCACCGCUCCUACUCCAACAUCGCCAGCGGCGACCCCCUUGAGCCGUUGCAGGACUUCACUGGCUUCCCCAUCACCCGCUUUGACCUCCUCUGGGAGGAGGCCUUGAAAGGUGACGAGGUCCUGUUUAAGCGCAUGAUCCUCUACGACAAGAAGGACUUCAUCACGAUGCUCUACACCCCCCGCAACGAUGCCUCGGACGGCCAAUUCGCGAAUGAAUCCACUAGCAAUGCCCCGACGGAUCUGGAGAAUCGCUACAAACAAAUGGGGCUGCAGCUGCAUUGCGGCUACACGGUCCUGCGUGUGCGGUACUUUGAGGACUUUGAUCUCCGCCUGGUGCAGAUGCGCAACGCCUGGGGCACGGGCGAGGAGUGGACGGGCAGCUGGGGAAAAAACGACAAGCGGUGGGAGAAGUACCCAAGCGUCAAGGCCGUCUGCUUCCCUGACGGCGCCAAAGUCACGGAACUCGACCGAACCUUUUGGAUGGAGUGGAGAGACGUCCUGACAACCUUUGUCGGCGGCGGCGUGUGCCACGUGAAGCGCAACUGGUACGACUACCGCAUUCGUGGGGAGUUUAACGACGGCCACCCGACGGUGUGUCUCGAGAUCAACGUUGCGGACCCCGUGGACGCGUACCUUGUCCUCUCCCAGGAGGACGAGCGCGACGGCGACGGGCUGGAGUACGCGGCGAUGCUCAUCAGUGUCACCCGCCACGGUGGCAAGAAUGAGAAGAUGGACUGCACGAGCACCGUGGAUGUGGAGGAGUCCGACCGCCAGCUCAGCUUUAACUUUGCCCGCGACGUCGCGCUGCGCUACACCUUUGAGCCGCAGGGCAACCCGUACUUUGUCUUCCCUCGCAUCCACGACAACUUCAUCUCCCAGCCGUACGUCCUUGGCUUGCUGAUGGACACCUACGCCGGGAACGGGAUCCGGGUGGAGUUCAAGGCCAUUGACCGCGACUGCAAGGUCUUCCAGAACAUGCCCAGUUUUUCGGUGAAGGGCAUGACGAGGGACGUCAGCGCGGAGUAUCAGAUUCGCACCCCGCGGCAGCCGAUGGAGUGCAUGGGGGCGGAACUGAAGGAUGAGCGGCUCAAGGAGUUCGGCAUCUACGAGGCUUAG